UAGAAACGAGUGGAGUAGCAGCUCAAGGCUUUGAAACACACACACAUCCCCUGAAUAUAACCUCACGCACACAGCCCAACACAAAGCACAGCUCUCUAGUCAAGCAAGCAUAGGUCCAUUGCCUUCCUGCUUUGCUUGCUUCAAGAAGCCGAGGUAGCUCAGGUAGAAGAAGACAGCGAGCACCAUGAGAACCAUCACGGCGAGAAACCCCCAUGACUCGCUCUCUUUCUCCCGGCGGCACUUCAAGUGGCCGGUUCUUGGCAAGAGCAAGAGCCAUGGCGCCACGUUUGGGGACGAGGAGUACAUGAAGAACUCGGAGGCGGAGGAGGAGGAUGAGGCGACCAUGGCCUUCUCCUCCGCCUGCCCGUCCUUCCACUCUGAGGACUUCGUGUCCCCUCCGCUGAAGGCGGCGGCGGGCACCGCUCCGGUGCAGCAGCAGCAGCCGCCGCCGAGGCGGAGGAAGGUCCGGACGGCCGUGUCGCGCCUGCGCUCCGCGCUGGCCAAUGCCGUGGCCGGCCGGCACCGGCAGGUCGGCCUCGGCGCGCGGCUCACCGGCACGCUGUAUGGGCACCGGCGCGGGCACGUGCACCUCGCGUUCCAGGUCGACCCGCGCGCGUGCCCGGCGCUGCUACUGGAGCUCGCCGCGCCCACGGCGGCGCUGGUGCGCGAGAUGGCCUCGGGCCUGGUGCGCAUCGCGCUGGAGUGCGAGCGCGCCAAGGGCUCCGCGCUCCCGACACCGACCGCCGGCCCCAACAGCGGCAGCGGCAACGGCAAGAAGCUGCUGGAGGAGACGGUGUGGCGCGCGUAUUGCAACGGCAAGAGCUGCGGGUACGCGGUGCGGCGCGAGUGCGGCGCGGCGGACUGGCGCGUGCUCCGCGCGCUGGAGCCCGUGUCCAUGGGCGCCGGCGUCAUCCCCGCGGCCAGCUGCGGCGGCGGCGAGAGCGACGUCAUGUACAUGCGCGCGCGGUUCGAGCGCGUGGUGGGCUCCCGCGACUCGGAGGCGUUCUACAUGAUGAACCCGGACAACAGCGGCGGCGGCCAUGGCGGACCCGAGCUCAGCGUCUACCUCCUCAGAGUCUGAUCGAUCAUGGCACUUCAGCUGUGCGUCGAUCACGUCUCCUUUUUGUGCAUGGUAUGCUGUGAAAUUGUAUUAGGCACCUAGGUGGUAGCUGGAAACGUAGCUGAUGGGGUUGGAAAUGGAAACGUUUUUGUGGUUUCUUGUGGUGAUCAAAUGUGAUGCAGAGUAGGAGGAAUCCAUGCUGUGCUGUUUCAGGUUGUGAUGGCUCUGAAGCUGAACAGUGCCCCAGUAAACCAGCUAGAGUUGUAGUAGUGCUUGUUCUGCAUAUGGUGUAAUGAUCAAUAAAAU